AUUGAACUGGCAACCCUUUGGUUUGCAGGCCCACCCUCAAUCCACUGAGCUACACCUGCCAGGGCCUAUUUUUUAACUGGUUAGAGAGAAUAGAGAGAAGGGGUAGUGGAGAGAGACAUCGCUUUGUUCUUCCUCUUACUCGUUUAUUGGUUGUUUUUGUUAUGUGCUUUGACAAAGGAACCUGCAACCUCGGCCUAUUGGGAUGAUACCCUAACUGAGCUAGCCCGCCAGAGUGAAACCCAGUUAUUCUUAAAAUUGAGGUAACACUGGUAUAUAGCAUACUAGUUUCAGAUGUACGACAGAGUAAUUCAAACUUUGCAUAUAUUACAAACUGAUCACCACAGGAAGUCUAGUUACUAUUCAUCACCAGCAACUGACUGCCUUUACCCAUUUUGCCCACACCAACCCCCUUCCCGUUAACCACCAAUCUGUUGUAACUUCUUAAAAGAUUCCACAUGUAAGUGGAAUGAUGUGGUAUUUUAUCUUCCUCUGACUUAUUUCAUUUAGCAUAAUACCCUCAAGGUUCACCCAUGUUGUUGCAAACGGCAGAAUUUCCUUUUUUAUGGUGGAGCAGUUAUUUCAGCAUGUAUGCCUGUAUCACAUCUUGAUCCAUUCGACCAUUGAUGGACAUUUGGGUUGUUUCCAUACCUUGGCUAUUGUAAACAAUGCUGUAAUAAACAUAACCAUAGGGCUGUUUAUCUUUCCAAAUCAGUGUUUUCUUCAGAUCGGUAUCUAGAAGUGGAACACCUGGAUCACAUGGUAGUUCUGUACAUUUUCCACAGUGGCUGCACCGAUUUACAUUCCCAGUAACAAGUGUACCAGGGUUCCCCUUUCUCCUCAUCCUCGCCAACACCAAUUACUCAUUUACUUUAUCAGACAGAGAACUCCAGCCCUGGCUGGACUGAGCCAGCCAGUGAUCGGUGGACUGAACACUGGCCGGUGAACCAAAGGGUCACUGGUUCGAUUCCCAGUCAGGGCACAUGCUUGGGUUGCAGGCCAGGACCCCAGUGGGGAGUGAGAGGCAACCACACACUGAUGUUUCUCUUCCUCCUUCCUUUUCCUUCUUUCUAAAAAGGAAUACAGUCUUGAAAAAAUGGAGAACUCUAGUUCUUAAUUACUAUUCACACCACUGCCUCCAGUUUUGACGCUGCCAGCUCCACCAAGCUCCAUAGACACAAGAGGCCACCCAGCUGGGGUAUCUGCAGCCUCUAGCUCCACACAGGAAACUCAAGUAGAAUAGCAGGUGGCGACUUUGUCCUCUCGAGCUACCCUUGGCAAGCAGGCUCACUUGGGAACCCAGAAAGUGGAGCUAGAGAGUCUCUGGGCCUCAAUGGAGUUGAGCAUAGAGCGCCCAGCAACUGUUAGUCUGCUGGACCAACUUUUGUGGUUGGUUUGAGGUCUCAGUGAGGAUUUGCACUGCAACUAGUGGCCACAGAUGUCAGUGUUGAAAAGACCCUCAGAUGCAUUUAGUGUAUAAUUUCCUAACUUUGCCCAAAGUCAUCUGUUUUUCGGGUGUAUAAUGUUUGUACUUAAAAUUAGCCUGCUGGACUUAGCAAGCAAAGCCAUCUUUAUUGUUUCCACAGUUGUCCUUUCUUCUACUCAAAAACACGUAUAACCUGUGCAGCCUGAUUAUGGGAAAAGGUUGGAUUUGCUUGCAGCCUGGAUACAGGCAACGGCUGUAAAAAACUCUGGACCGAGCCCCAGAGAAGGCAAGCGACCAUCCGCAAGAGGCAGAGAUGCACCGGGGUUAGAGCCCGGAUCCACGCUACGUUCACAACUACGUCAUCAGGGCUCCGCCCUCGGAUCGGCGUCGCAGCCGAGCCCCUGCAGCUUUCAAACCCGCCCUGCGCCCCCUGGUGCGCACACUCAGUCGGACCCUGCCUGCGCACCGCCCACCCGAGUCCUUCUGCCCCAGCGGGUGUGCUGGCGUGGGAAACUGAGGCAGGGAGUGUUUGUGAGUCCGUUCCUUCCUCAACUCAUACCCUAGGGCCCACAAAGCUACCUCCCUCUGCUCAGACCCGCAUGGAAGAAAAGGGAAAGAUAGAAGAAAGGGGAGGGGGUCGUGAGCUAGCAGGGUCUGAGGACCCGAUCGGUCCGCCACACUCAAGAUGGCGGCUGGCAGCGGAGAGGUCCCUCAGAGGCGGUACCAGCGCAUGCGUAGUGCGGAGUCCCGGCCUGGGACACAAGAUGGCGGGAGCGGCGCUGGGGAGGGCGAGGCGGAGGCGGCAAAACGGGCAGCCGAGCAGAACGUGUAGCCGCAUCCUUUCGAGUCCGCUUCGGGCAGUUGCCGAUGCAAGGAGUUCCCUGGGUCCCCGUUCACUCCACUGCUGACCAGCCCACCCACCUGAGCUGAGCCUUUCCGCAGGCCUCCCUUCCGCCUCUGUGGGACCCUGUGGUGUGGGGUCCAUCCGGCCAGAGAAGAAAACCCUCUCAUGCUAGCGUUGCAGACCCCAGAGGGUGAGAAAAAGGGGGACCUCGUUCAGCCUCGAGACCUGUGGGCUCAGCCCCAAGGCACCAGGAACCGCUCUUCCUCGGAGAACCAAGGCAGCCAGAGCCUUUUCUCUCCUUGGUCCGGUGUGGGUGCUGAGAUGGCCAAAGAGAAUCACGGCAGCCCCCGGGAGGAAGCGUCCUUGCUGAGUCACUCCCCAGGCACCUCCAAUCAGAGCCAGCCCUGUUCUCCAAAGCCCAUCCGCCUGGUGCAGGACCUCCCAGAAGAGCUGGUGCACGCGGGCUGGGAGAAGUGCUGGAGCAGGAGGGAGAACCGUCCCUACUACUUCAACAGAUUCACCAACCAGUCCCUGUGGGAGAUGCCUGUGCUGGGCCAGCAUGACGUGAUUUCGGACCCUUUGGGGCUGAAUGCGACCCCACUGCCCCAAGACUCAAGCUUGGUGGAAACCCCCCCGGCUGAGAACAAGCCUCGGAAGCGGCAGCUCUCGGAAGAGCAGCCAAGUGGCAAUGGUGUGAAGAAGCCCAAGAUCGAAAUCCCUGUGACACCCACAGGUCCAUCGGUGCCCAGCUCCCCUAAUGUCCCAGGAACCCCAACACUGAAGAUUUGGGGGACAUCCCCUGAAGAUAAACAGCAGGCAGCUCUCCUCCGACCCACUGAGGUGUACUGGGAUCUGGAUAUCCAGACCAACGCUGUCAUCAAGCACCGGGGGCCUUCAGAGGUGCUGCCCCCGCAUCCCGAGGUGGAGCUGCUCCGCUCCCAGCUCAUCCUGAAGCUGCGGCAGCACUACCGGGAGCUGUGCCAGCAGCGAGAGGGCAUUGAGCCCCCUCGGGAGUCUUUCAAUCGCUGGAUGCUGGAGCGCAAGGUCGUGGACAAAGGCUCUGACCCCCUGUUGCCAAGCAACUGCGAACCAGUUGUUUCACCCUCCAUGUUUCGUGAAAUCAUGAAUGACAUUCCUAUCAGGUUAUCUCGCAUCAAAUUUCGGGAGGAAGCCAAGCGCCUGCUUUUUAAAUACGCAGAGGCUGCCAGGCGGCUCAUCGAGUCCAGGAGUGCCUCCCCCGACAGCAGGAAGGUGGUCAAGUGGAACGUGGAGGACACCUUCAGCUGGCUGCGGAAGGACCACUCAGCCUCCAAGGAGGACUACAUGGACCGCCUGGAGCAUCUGCGGAAACAGUGCGGCCCCCACGUCUCGGCCGCCGCCAAGGACUCCGUGGAGGGCAUCUGCAGCAAGAUCUACCACAUCUCCCUGGAGUACGUCAAGCGGAUCCGCGAGAAGCACCUCGCCAUCCUCAAGGAGAACAACAUCCCAGAGGACGUGGAGGCCCCAGAGGUGGAGCCCCGCCUGGUGUACUGCUACCCAGUACGGCUGGCUGUGUCCGCGCCGCCCAUGCCCAGCGUGGAGAUGCACAUGGAGAAUAAUGUGGUCUGCAUCCGGUAUAAGGGAGAGAUGGUCAAGGUCAGCCGCAACUACUUCAGUAAGCUGUGGCUCCUCUACCGCUACAGCUGCAUCGAUGACUCGGCCUUCGAGAGGUUCCUGCCCCGAGUCUGGUGUCUCCUCCGGCGGUACCAGAUGAUGUUUGGCGUGGGCCUCUACGAGGGGACAGGCCUGCAGGGAUCGCUGCCAGUGCACGUCUUCGAGGCCCUCCACCGACUCUUCAGCGUCACUUUUGAGUGCUUCGCCUCGCCCCUCAACUGCUACUUCCGCCAGUACUGCUCCGCCUUCCCUGACACAGACGGCUACUUUGGCUCCCGCGGGCCCUGCCUGGACUUCUCCCCGCUGAGUGGCUCCUUUGAGGCCAACCCCCCUUUCUGCGAGGAGCUCAUGGACGCCAUGGUCUCUCACUUCGAGAAACUGCUCGAGAGCUCUCCGGAGCCCCUGUCCUUCAUCGUGUUCAUCCCCGAGUGGCGGGACCCCCCGACACCGGCGCUCACCCGCAUGGAGCAGAGCCGCUUCAAACGCCACCAGCUGGUCCUGCCCGCCUUCGAGCACGAGUACCGCAGCGGGUCCCAGCACAUCUGCAAGAAGGAGGAGAUGCACUACAAGGCCGUCCACAACACAGCCGUCCUCUUCCUGCAGAACGACCCCGGCUUUGCCAAGUGGGGGCCCACAGCUGAGCGGCUGCAGGAGCUGAUCGCUGCCUACCGGCAGUCUGGCCGCAGCCAUGGCUCCGGCUCCUCUUCCUCCUCCUCGGAGGCCAAGGACCGGGACUCGGGCCGAGAACAGGGCCCUAGCCGAGAGCCUCACCCCACUUAACACAUCCUGCGGGGAGGAGGAGCCCCAGGGUGCUGGUGCGGACUGCGGGACUCGUGGCCCUCGGGCUGCCAACGACAUAGGAAGACUACGGCUCUGCCGAGGCUCCCCUCCCUGCCCCACCCCCAACCGCCCACCUCAGACUCCACGUCCCUGUAAAUAGGCCCCACCCCUUCUUCCCCUACCUGUGCCACCUUGUUUCAUUUGUAAAAGGAAAUACAAAAAACCCUCUCCGAA